CCUAUACAAUCUUUAUCCUCCUGAAAAGAACAGGAGCCACAAAAUGGGCUACGACUAUGCCCUCGUUCAUCUCAAGUACACGCUUCCACCCGCAGCCCUCCUCUCCCUCCUCUACUUUCCCCUCUGGACGCGCCUCGACUCCUACAAACUGCUCUUCCUCAUCACCAUUGCCGUCACUUCCACCAUUCCCUGGGACAGCUACCUCAUUCGCACCAACAUUUGGUCCUACCCGUCCAAUGUUGUCGUCGGUUUCAAAAUCGCCCAGAUCCCCAUCGAAGAAGUCUUCUUCUUCGUCAUUCAAACGUACAAUACGGGCCUCUUGUAUCUCAUCACCUCGAAAGCCGUGCUGAAAGAGGCUCUAUUGGAAAGGGAAGAUCGCGGGCGGGUGGGACAACAAUGGAAAUACAUUCGAUGGGGUGGACAGAUGGGUUUGGGCAUUGCACUACGAUAUGGAGUCAAGUGGGUCCAUGAGGGAAAGGAAGAGACGUAUUUGGGUUUGAUCUUGAUCUGGGCCUUGCCGUUCUUGCUGUUACUCUGGAGUUUGGCAUAUCAGUUGUUGGUGAAUUUACCUGCCAGUUGCACGCUCUUAAGCAUUGCCAUUCCCACUGUGUAUCUCUGGGUCGUGGACACCUUGGCUUUGCAGAGAGGGACGUGGGUGAUUUCUCAGGGAACAAAAACGGGGGGCGAGCUGUGGCCUGGCUUGGAGAUUGAAGAAGCCGUGUUCUUCUUCUUGACCAAUUGUUUGAUCGUCUUUGGUUUGGUGGCUUUUGAUAAUGCUGUGGCCGUUUUGAAUGCUUUUCCUGCGCAUUUCCGGAAUGUGCCUGAACUGCCGAGUCCUUGGUUGUUGGUGAAGGCUUUACUCUUACCCGCCUCGACGUACGAUGAUGAUAGAAUUUUGGGUUUGCAGCAAAGUGUGGCAAGAUUGAAGAGGAAGAGUCGGAGUUUCUAUCUGGCUUCGAGUACUUUUCAAGGACGAUUACGCAUCGAUCUCAUCAUCUUAUACUCUUUCUGUCGAGUUGCUGACGAUCUGAUCGAUAACGCGGAAAACGAGACCAUCGCCCGAGACUGGCUGAAGAAGCUGUCCAGGUAUUUGGAUCUCUCGUAUGGAACCGCGAAUCAAAAUGGCCAAGGGAAAGUCAUUCCCAGCAACGACAUGAACCGCGGCCAAGCGACCCUCUUCAUCACACAGAACUUCCCACCGGAAACACAGCUUGCUCUCAUCCUGCUGCCAACGCGUAUCCUCAGCAAAGAACCACUCUACGAACUCCUCAAAGGCUUCGAAAUGGACCUCAAAUUCGCAUCAGACUCACGCUCCAACUCCCCCAAACCGAGCAUCUCCGGCCCGAUCAAGUCCGAACAAGAUCUUGACCUCUAUGGUGCGCGCGUUGCCGGCACCGUGGCUCUCCUAUGCAUCCAGCUCGUCCUCCAUCACAACCCUUCCUCAACCUCCGACACUCUAGCCCGGAAACUCAUGCUCAGCGGCCACGACAUGGGAGUCGCACUCCAAUACACUAAUAUCGCUCGCGACUUGGCUGUCGAUGCCAAGAUCGGACGCUGCUACGUUCCUGCUCCAUACUUAUCCGACGUCUCUUUGAACCCUGCAGCUUUCGUUGCUGGACUCACUACGACGUCCAAGGUUGAAGAUAAGUUUUGGGCCAAAGUGAAUGUGGUGAGACAGAGAUUGCUGGACCGGGCUUUCAAGUUUUAUGAUGAGGCCAUUCCUGCUGUGGAGGAGUUGCCGAUUCAGGCUCGAGGGCCCAUGCGAGUGGCCGUGGAGAGUUAUAUGCAGAUUGGGCGGGAGUUGAGGGCAAGGUCUACUCAUAAAGAGGGAUCGUUGCGCAUGAUACAGGGCCAAGGGAGAGCUACUGUGCCGAAGUGGAAAAGAAUUUGGGUGGGUUGGCGGAGGUUAUUGGGACCUGCCCAGAGGAAGAGAAGUUGACAUGCUAUUUGAAUGGUAUAUAGCCAUGAUAUCGAUUUGAGCAUUUUGAGUGGGCGCAUUGCUCAUGAGCAUGGCGUGGACUCGUAUGUUAGAUACCCCUUCACGCGAG